AUUCGAGUUUUUUUUUGUGAUUUUCGAGAAAAAAAAUCAUGUCGGAAAAUGAUUCAACAUCCGUUGAUGAUGAAAUAAUGGCUAAUGAUCAACAUUCGAAUGAUCAAUCAUCAUUGGCAUUAUUGUUUCAGAAUAUUCAUCCACCACAAUCAUCAUCAACAACGACAUUACCUUUGCAACAACAACAACAAAUUCCAUCACAAUCAAUGAUUAUGACUUCGUCAAUGUUAUCAUCAAUGUCAUUAUCCGGAUUAAAUCAAACAUCGACAACGACAGCAACAUCGACAAUGUCAUCAUCAUGUCAAAAAUUGGAAAAACUUCGUAUUAUAAAACCAUUUGAUGAAAGACAAUUAUUAGAUUUUUAUCAUAAUCGUUUAUUAGAUUUGAAUGAAAAAUUUAUACAUGAUUUUCAGGAACGUUAUUUUCAAUAUUCAAAAAUUGGUUCAAAUUCGAAUGAUUAUUAUGAUCUGAUUAUACGAUUGGAUAAAUCUAUUGAACGUUUUCAAGAUGUAAGAAAAAAUUUGGAUAAUUUUUUGGAACAAAUUCAUUCGAAUGAACAGAAAAAUUGUUGGAAUUGUAAUGAAAAUCAUUUACAACAAAUUGAUCGUUGUGGUGAUGGUCAAUUAAUUGAAUGUAAACAUCAAUAUCAACGUUAUAAUUUUGAACAAAAUUAUGUUGAUAAUCAAUUAGAUCGUUAUUAUUAUCAAUUACGUGAACGUAUUAUUAAUGAACAUGUUGUACAUUUAUAUUUUUUAAAAUAUUUUCAAUUAAGAUUUGAAUUAAUUAUCUAUGAAUCGGAACAUAUUAUUGAAUAUUUGGAAAGAAAAUUAUCGAAUUAUCAGCCAACUGAUGGCCAACAACAGCAGCAACUAUUUUCAUCCAACAACAACAACAACAACCUCGGUAAUGUUGAUGAUCAAACAACCAAUUGUAGUUCAAGUAUUUUUGAUCAAAAUGAAACGAUGGAUAAUUCUGCUGAUUCAAUGAUCAUUACACAAAUCUAUCAAUUGGAACCAUCAACACGUUUGUUACAUGAGCAAUUAUUAGAUUUAUUCGCUGCAUUAUUUGCUUAUUAUCGUCAUCAUCAUACGAUUAACAAUGAUAAUGGACAAAAUUCGACAACAACAACUACGACUAAUAAACUAAAACUACAAUGUUAUCAAGCAAUAAUAUAUUUAUGUAGGAAAUUUUCGGAAAAAUUAGCAAAUUAUUCGGAUCGACUAUUUCUACUGAAUCAAAUCCUAAGAUGUCCAUCAGGUUCUUCGGAAGAAUUCGAACAACUUUUACAACCAUUAAAUCCAUUACCAUUAAAAUAUGAUUCAAAUCAAUUUGAAUUAGGUAAACAAUAUGUUGAUUAUGGUGUUACGGUUAUUGCAACAAUAUUAUCACCAAUAACUUCUACAAGUAAAAGUGAACAAAAUGAUUCAAAAACCACCGCAAAUGAUAAUAAUCAAGAAUCAUUAUGGUUAAUGGUUGAUAAUGAUUUAGAUGAUGAAGAUGUUUGUUUGGAUAAAUCAUCAUCACCUAUGGCCGAAUUAACCGAAUCCGAUAUAAUCUGUUAUUUAUCACGUGUUCCAUUUCGUGAAAUGCUUCAAUUUAUGUCUUUGAUUACCAAUGAUGAUAAUGAUGGUGAUAUGAUUGAUUCAUCAACCGAAACAUCAAUGAUACGUUUGUUUGCAUUUAGUACCCGAUUAAUACAAAUAUUUCGUCAUGGUUUACAGAAUUUUAAUUGUUUACGUUUUAAACGUUUAACAUUAUAUUUAGCAUCAAUGAUCAAACAGAUUAUUAAAACAAUAUCAGAUAAUUGGCGUUGGUGUAAGGAAAAAUUCACAACAAAAGAUCAAGCAUUAUUGAUACGAUUGCAAGUUGAAUUUGAUCAUUUUAUGUUACGAUCAAUAAUGGCAAUAUUAUCAACAAAUCGUCGUGGUGUAUGGCCAUUAUUAGCUAAAAUUGAUUUUGAAGGUAUAUCCGAACCAAUGUUAUGGAAUAUAUUAUGGGUUGUUUACCAGAAUGGUCGUAAUCAAGAAUCGAAUGAAAUUGUUAGUGGUCUUUGUCCAUAUAUGAGCUCGAAUUAUUGGAAAGAUAAAUUUCGUAGCCAUUCCCAGUGGAAAUUUAUUUUUAUUGAAAAAUUAUCAAUUUUAUCAUUGGAAGAGGCAAGUGGUUUAUUGGAUUUUUUCUUCAAUAUGGCAAUAUCAAGAUCAAAAUCAAAUGAAUCUAUAUCGAUGACUAACAGUAACAAUAAUGACUUUGUAUCAUUCGAUCAACAACAUAUUGAUGAUUUUUUUCGUGAAAUUAUUGAACGUUUUGCUGAAAUUUGUUUAUUAUGUAAAUUAUAU